GAUAAACGAACUCGUCGCGGUCGUGCCCACCACCGAGCAAGGCAAACAUCCAACCAAGCGCGGGCCAGUCGACGACAAAACGUCAAGCGCGAAACAUCGGAAUAUCGGGAACGGCGGCGUAACCGCGAGUCUCGCCAACAAGUGAUACAACAGAGUGCGAACGGUGUGUGUGGUUAGGUGUUGGAAAAUAAAAAGUGUGUGCGAUAAUAAUAAUAGUGGCCCCCAAAUGCUUACCUUGCGCGAAAACAGAAUCGUCUUUGAUGUUCAUGUUCCGCAGCAAGAAGACGAACCUCAUUAGGCGCCUGGAAAAGGCCAGAAAACGUCGAGGCAAUGAAACCAGGCGUUCGGUUGAGGAAGAAACGGAAAUAGCCGUCGGAAAUAUUUAUAAAAAACUCCAGGAGAAUCAAUUAGAGAUGCUAUUGCGAGCCAUAGAUACGAGGGGUCACGAUUUGAGUAAUUGUGUUUUGUUACCGCGGACUCACGGCAACGGCGACGAACCACACGUGUUGUUCUGUCAAAUGUGGAGAUGGCCGGAUUUGAGAAAGGGCACUGUACUGAGAAGGUUGCCGAUGUGUAGAUCGGCAUGUGAUCUUGUCUAUGAUUGCUGUAAUCCUUAUCAUUGGAGUAGAUUAUGGCAACCUGAAAUACCACCUCCCCCGUAUAGUCGAAUAAAUACGGAGCUAUUACAACCCGAAGAUAGAGCUCCGAAAGAAGUUCCUCUAGUUUGUCGAGAUUCCUUUCCUGGUUCGCUUACAACCAACGGAGAUUCUGUGAAUCCUCAAGAAUGGUGUAGGUUAGCGUAUUGGGAAUUAUCCAAUCGAGUUGGUCCGCUUUUUCCUGUAGAACGUCCGGAUGUAAAUAUAUUUGGAAAAGUAUCCCAUCCCGAUGGUCUUAGUUUAGAAACUUUAGCUCAACAUAGUUUUAGUCCUCCCAAGUCAGCCGUGGAAAAAGCAAGGUGUAAAAUUGGUUUAGGAGUAACGCUAUCUCGAGAAGGUGAUUGUGUUUGGAUAUAUAAUCGUUCAGACAAUCCCAUCUUCGUCAAUUCUCUGACUUUAGAGGACUCAAAUUAUCCAUUACCUACGAAAGUACCUGCCGAGCAUUGCCUUUGCGUCUAUAACCUCAAAAAGGCUGCUCAACAAAAUUUUGGAUGGAAUUACACUCAUCCUCAAAUAGGACCCGUCGAUCCGAAUUCCAUAAGGAUAAGUUUUGUGAAAGGAUGGGGUCCGAAGUAUUCCAGGAGAGAGAUUACAUCUUGUCCGUGUUGGUUAGAAAUCCUUCUAGCGCCCUGUAGGUGAUUAACAACCAUCUUAGGGUGCCUCAAAAGAAUGGUGGACUUUAAUUUUUGGAAGUGUACAAAAAACAAUAAAAUUGUGAUUUUUUAAAAGUCGCUUAACUAUUAAGUCUGAUAAAAAAAAUUUGCUUCGUGCACAUUGGAGGUGUAUUCCGUGGUCGAAUUGUUUACUUCCGUCCGGUUUUUGAAUACAGGUUAUCCCAACGGUGCGAAAAUAAACGUCUGAUUUAAAAUAUUUUCUCUUAUACAACAAAAUUCAGUUAUAUUAGAUCUGAUAUAUGAAAUUUCAAAAAUAUUGUAAUUGAGACGUUUAUACGAAGUUUUUAGGGGUUGAUUUGAAAGUGGGAUGCUUGGUAUAGGCCAGUUUAGGCUUUCCGAUAAUUGCACCAGAGGUUCGUUCUCUGUGAUUAGAAAUUCAGAUGGUCUUGAAAGUCAAUUUGAAAAUACAGUAGACUCUCUAACAAAACCGAUGUAUACAGAUCCUUUAAUAAGUCAAUAGAAUAAUAACAACAUACAGUAAUCUUUCAACGUCUUCCGUUGCAAUGACUUCACUUUAUCUUGCAACCGGGGAACAUUAUUUGUACCUACAGGAUCAUCUUCGUGGUGAUCCAAGGCCUGUUCAGGAGUCGGGACAGGUUCUGGUUUUAGAUCAAAUUCCUUAUGGUCACUAUCUUCUUCUUUAUUCACAUGUACAACAUUGAGGAUCUACCUCCAAGGCUUUGAAAGUUUUCUUUUCACUUUAACAGUCAUGUUAGCUACCACUAAGACAAUAAUUCGUUCCAAUGAUAAUUUCCCUCUUACAUACUUUACUAAAUUGAAUUCCAAAUUUUCUUUGGUGUCAGUUUCGUCAGCAUUGACAUAACCACGUAUUUUGUUUUGGACUCAUUAUGAGCCAUUCCUCCUCCAGCUGUUCACAGCUUUCCUUCAGUUCACGCUCCCUUCAACUGGGUAGAUUAAUGUCAUCAGAAUAGGCCAUAGUUGAGCAGAGUGCCUUCCCUAUUAACUUCGAUGUUUCUGAUGACUCGUUCCAGUGUCAGGAUGAAGAGGGUCUAAGAGAACUACCGUAUCAACGUUUUCGUAACGAGAUUUUGAGACGAUCUGGAUUUCCAAAAUAAUAUUGUUGAAGAGCUUUAAUUCACCAAUGUAAUUGUUCUUACAAAUAGGUUUAAAAUUUUGAGAUUGUCAUUUGAAAAUUUUCUUCUGUAUAAUAUAUAUAGAACGUGCCACUACAUCGAGGUUUUUUUUAUAUAUAUUUUUUUAUGUCUCUAAUCUUUUAUCAAACAUCACAACUAAAAAUUAACAUGAUAGUAAGUUCUACUAGAACAUCGAGAGAAUAAGUAUUUUAUUUAACAGUAUAAAAUUUAAAUUCUUCUUAUAUUUGAUUAUUAUCUUUCUGGGCAAGCUUGACAUGAAGCAAUUUCUUGCAAGGUCAAAAUAUUGCAAAUUAUUGAAUCUUGCAAGUUGUUCGAUACUAUGCAAAGCAAUUUCAUGCCACCAUAGAAGCUUACAACCAUCUAUAUGAUAUAGCAAGUGUUGCCUAAUUCAGUUAGUCUUCCAGUUUAAUUUCAAAUAUUCAACUUCUUCCUGGGAGGUGCUAAACUCCAGCUCUUAUACCAUUUUUUUGUUUGUGUUUCUAACCCAUACCACCACAUCCUUAUGCCCCUCAGUUGGAAACAAGAAGUCUAUUCAGGCUCAGUAUGUAGAACUGAUGAGAUAGCUGGACAAUAGUUUGGACUGUGUAUUAAAAAAAAUUAAUAAAAAGCAGCUAUACAUUAAAAAUACCAACUGUAAACUUAUCGUUUGCCAUAAGUUGUUGCAACUGUGCAGAGGUUGACUACCAGUGAUAUUUUAUCUAUGGGGGUAAUCUGGUAGAUGCUGAACUGUAAGAAGAAGAAGAAGUAGGUAUAACCAGAUCUGGAUUUGCUCCAACACAUAUAAAAAACCGUAAAAAAAUUUGAUCUACUGAUGAAUUUUUUUUUUUAAGAAUUCACAUGACUAAAAUAAUCCAUGGUCAUCAUAAAAUAGCAUUUUCAUUUUAGAAUAUUUUGUUUCUAACAUUUUCUUUUCAAUCAUCUUCAUUAUUGUUUUUCGGUAUCAAUUAUCUCAAAUAUUUUAUGAAAUUUGAGCUGAUACUACUACAUAAAAUAGAUAAAUAGUAUUGACACAGUUCUUCAGUUUUCGGGUAAAUUUUAGAAUACAUCACCAUAUAGUUACUUUUUCAGGAAUCGAUUAUUAAUUCUUACGAAAAGUAAAUAAUUUAAACUUGUAAUUUUGAAACAUUGAAGCCCUACUAGUUUACAUUAAUCUUAAUAGAUGUUUCACCAUUUUCUCAGUCAAAGUAUCAGUCUGUAUGACUUAAGACGUAUGUUGAAAUUCUACUUAUUAACUUCCAUGGCCUUUGUAUUCUUUAAGGCCACUGGAACUAACCCUUCCGAAUGGCUAUUGACAUCUCUUGAAAAGGAUUAGUAAAGAAAAUGCUUUUAAAAUGAAAAGUAAGCAAAAAAAGAUCACGAAUUAACUAGAAGUUGACCUGUUAUUUUCUAUAUUCUUUUAAGAUCACAAAUCUGAAGCUUCAUGGAUUGGUUCGUAAUACAACUUUGAAGGUUUGAUGUCAUUUCUAUUAUCUGCAAGUUCUAAUUCUAGAGAAAAAUCUAAUUACUGGUUCAAAACUAAAUAUCAGUUAUAUCAGUUGACCAAUUGAAGUACUUUUAUGAAAGUAACCUUUAAUCUUCUGUGGUAAAUCUAAAAUUCUUAUCACAAUUGAUUUGUUCUCUUUUAUUGUGGAUAAUAAGGAUAAAUUUACCUACGAAAAGUUCUAUAAAUGGAAAGGAUUGAUUUUGAUCAGUGGUAGCCAAGAUUCAAUAUAUGCAAUAUUUUGUUGCCCGUCAAGCAGAAAUAAGAAAAAUUGAAUAGAACAAUUCAAGAAACAGUAAAUUAAAAUCUAAUAAGGGUACCAGUUGGCAUACAAAUAAGAGGAUAUAUAAAUGUUUUUUGUAUUCACAAAAAUUACAUGAAACAAUAUAUAAAAAACAUUUGAAAAAUGAUUUUUUGUGAAAUAACUACUUAUAUAUUUGAAAUCGAAUAAAUUUGAAACAUAUAUAGUUAUCUCAUGAUUCCUGCUUUUCUAAAUUUUCUGUAUAUAAUCGUCAUAUUUGAAGCUCGAUUUUGUAACUGAAUUACUCUAAAUAAUGACUAAAUUAAUAAAAAAAAAAAAUGUUAUAAAUAUAACCUCUAACCUGACGUUAAAACCAUGCUGCAACGUUCACUUAUUUAAUAUAGGCACACACAUUCACUAAAAAAGUUAUAAACACGUUUACAAAAUCACAAUAAACAAUUAUUCAUUGAUUUUUAAACAGUAUUUUUUCAAUUAAACAUUAAAUAAACACACCACUACAACACUUUGUUUGCCAACCGGUAGCCAUCUUGACGUUGCGCUUGUCACAGUUAUCUUAACCUAAAAAAGUUUCAACCUUUGAAGGUUUAUUUAUUUGUAUUUUGGUGCUUCGGAUACUUUUUGAAGAAUGUCUGUGUAGUCAGGGACCAUGUUUUUAAAAGCAUUUUAAUUUUUUUAUAUAUUAAUAUUUUUCAAAUGGGGUAAACAGGAAACUAAGAAUUUUUAAAAUUGGAUGUAACUGAAGGUGGUUAUUUGAGAAAAAUGUUCGUCAAUAAUAAUUCCAUAACCCAUAAUCACUGUUUGAUUCGUUAAAUAAUUCGUCACGUUUAAAAAAAAUUAUGUAGUUUUUUCAAGGUUAUUCAGCAUCGUGUAGUAGAAAGAAUUGACAUACAAAAGUUGUUCUAUAUGGAUUAUUCACGAACAUUUUCCUAUAAAUUUGACCAUAUUUAUUAUUUCGCUUAUAAUAAACCAUAUUUUUAUUAUUCAAUGUGUAAACUAGUCAUUUGAGCCUUAUAGGCUAGGUCCAGCCAUAUUAUAACUCAUCUUACACUAUAAAAAUUUCAUCUGAAAUUUUUAGUUGACCGGUAUAAUUGCAAUUGGAUUUUUAUAGUGUAAAAUGCCUUAGGUAUUUUUUUUCUACAGUGUAUAGAGUGCCUUUAAAUAAAUAAUAAUAUGCAAUGUAAAAAAUCGAGAAAUCUAAUGUACUAUAUUGUAAAAAAAACUUACUUUGUCUAUUAAUCCAAUAUACAAUUUUGUAUGGUAUCUUAAUAAUUUUAAAAUUUUGAGGUAUGCUUUAUGUAUGUUUGGUUAACUUAAUGUUUUUUUUUAUCUGAAAAGUCACAGAAUUCUUGGACUUUUCCUAAUAAUUUCAUAGAAAUUGAAAAGUUGCAAAUAUUCAAUAUCACUUGUUUGAAAUUACAGAAAGUUGAACUGAAAUUCAUUAACAAAUUCGAGAUGUACGAACAUGAAAAUCAUUUUUAAUAAUAAUUCGAACUUCACGAGAAACUGAUUAAAUAUCUUCAAAAUUAUACUAUAUUAUAUUAGCUUUGUUUGAUGUAGAUAUCUUGAACGUGUUCUAUCAUCAGAUUAAUGCACAGUUUUAAAUAGCGCGUUCGCAGUGCUAAUAAACCAUGUCCACGAUUUAAAAUCCUGUGUUCGUGGAACACAGAUUUUUAAUUCUGAACGUAUUCUGAAUACGUCCAAUGUAUCCUCGCAUCUGAGUAAGAAUUUUCAAUCCCGCUCAUGUGCAUUCAUCCUAUUUGACACUAACUAACCUAUGUGUUUUUCUAUGUACUUGUAUUAAAAAACGUGGUAAUUAUAUAGUAAAGUGAAUAUUAUAUACAUUUUAUUCUCCUACUAGUUUUGAAUACAAAUUAUAAUUUUAGAUGUUCAUAAAAUCGUUUGUGAAAAAAUGUAUAAUCAGAACAAAGCAGGCACAUUUGACACGUUCAGAAAUAUUCAGAAUACAUUCGGAAUGUGUUCAAAUUAUCUACCGCGAACAAAGAUAUUGAAAUAGUGAAACCUUUCGUCCUGUUUUAAUAAUAUAAUUUAUACCAUUCAAUAUACCCUUUUGUAUUUAAAAUAUGCCAUUUGUUAACAUUAACCGUAAUUAGGGCGUCCUAAUUUAUAAUAAUAUAUUUAUACUGCUCUAGUAAAAUUUUAAUGUACUUCAGUAAUAUUUGCAAUUUUUUAGGGCGAUAUUUGGUAACAGUCUAAAAGACUUUAAAUUAUAAUUUAUUUAUGUAAUACUCACUUUUAGAUUUUUGUUGUUGAAAAUAUUAAGAGCUAGACAAUCAGAAUUCUAAAUCUAGAAAAAUGUGUAAGUAUUGUACAGAAAAAUUCUACAGCACUAAAAAAAGGAUAUUAUCAUAUCCUUCAAGUAUAAAUAAAGAAAUUAAUUUAUA